CCAUUCGAACUACAUUCUCCAGAAGGCAACUGUCGUCGUUCGCCGUUCGGAGGUUUCGCAAAGCAAAGGCAGAACUCACUCGAAAAGGAUUAGCCAAGCCCCGAAAUCUUUCUAGAUGUUGGAAUUCGCUGUAAAUGGGCUACUUUAACCAACACUGACCCACAGAGAUUUGUUGCUGUUCUGAAGUGCCAUACGGUACCAUGGCUAUCCUGUUUGCGGUGGUGGCUCGUGGGACCACCAUCCUUGCCAAACACGCCUGGUGUGGGGGCAACUUUCUGGAGGUGACAGAACAAAUUUUAGCUAAAAUCCCUUCAGAGAACAAUAAGCUGACCUACAGCCAUGGGAGCUACCUGUUCCACUACAUUUGCCAUGACCGAAUAAUAUAUCUGUGUAUUACUGAUGAUGAUUUUGAGAGAUCAAGGGCAUUCACCUUUCUCAGUGAAGUGAAAAAACGCUUCCAAACAACAUAUGGGUCCAGAGCACAGACAGCCCUUCCUUAUGCCAUGAACAGUGAAUUCUCCUCAACGUUGGCGGCUCAGAUGAAACAUCAUUCAGACCCACGGGGAACGGAUCGUCUCACUGAAACACAGAUGCAGGUGGAUGAUUUGAAGGGGAUUAUGGUUCGCAACAUUGAUUUGGUUGCUCAGAGAGGGGAAAAGCUUGAGCUAUUGAUUGACAAGACAGAAAAUCUUGUUGAUUCGUCAGUCACAUUUAAGACUACAAGUCGAAACCUGGCACGGGCAAUGUGUAUGAAGAACCUCAAGCUUUUUGUUCUCAUCUUCUUUGUGUGCCUGGUGAUCAUAUACAUCAUUGUAUCUGCUUCAUGUGGAGGCCUCGCCUGGCCAAACUGUGUCAAAAAAUGAGUGGACUUUGGAGACUACAGAGAGGGGGACAAAAAGUGAAAGCAUGGAACAAUAUUGGUUUAACACUGACUUCAAAUGAACAACACAAUUAAAGGUUAUUACAAUCUAGCUUUAAUGUCUAUGGAAAAUGCAAUGGUCCCACCCUGUGUCCUCAUCAACUGCACAUCUACAGAUUGCCUUCUGGAAUCCCAAAUAACUACCACAGUUAUGGAUUAAUGGAACAACACUCUUGUCCUAUGCUUACCCAAUACAUGCCCUCUUAGGUUGAUGUAUCGGUUAGUUGUAUAAGCACCAGUCUCUGCAUACAUUCAUGAAAUCCAUAGGAAAACCUGACUGUGGACAACAUUGUUACUAGCAGAAUGCCUGCUGGAUGUAAAGAUUUAACACAAUUUGCUAAUUUGGGUAGCAUAACCAUAGCAUUACAAUAUCAUGAGUGAACAGUACAUCUUCAGUGAGAAAACUCUUUGUUUCUUUACCAAGCACAGUCUUAACUUCAUCAAUAGAUAUGGUAUAAUUAGUAAUGAUCUCACAAAUAAAUUGUAAAAUUAUUAUCAAUAAUAAUUAGUUUGAGAGGUGCCAUAGUUAUUUUCAAUUAAAACUAACUUCUCUGGGUCUUUUCUCUUUGAAGUAAAUAGGAUAUUUUCUUCACCUGUCCUUUAUCGGUCUUUAUCAUAUAGUGUCUUCAUGUUUAUUCUGUUUAACAAUGCACUUUUACAUUGUAAAUAUGUAUGCUUCCACACCUGUGGUUUAUUAUUGUGUAAUUAUUAAAUUAUUGUACAUUCAGAUUUGAAUUAAUAAAAUCUGGUCAUAUUAGA